GAGAUGAUCUGUCUAGAGACUCAAUAUUUGAACAUUAAUCGAAUUCUAUUGCUGCUCCUUGGCUUGUGGCCUUAUCAACGAUCACUUCUAACUAAAGUUCAAUUAAUUUUAUUUGUUGGUAUUGUGACGACAUUUACCAUAUGUCAGUUUACAACAUUGAUAACAUCGGAAUGUACUCUAGAUUUUAUCUUCAAGGUUUUAUCUUCUGCAUUUUUCUGCAGUUGUCUUCUAAUUAAGUACAAUUCGUUUUGGAUUAACGCUGAUGUUUUAAGGAGUUCGCUGAAGCAACUUCAAGAUGUGUAUAAUGAGAUAAAUGAUGAAAAUGAAAUUGCUAUCAUACAAAAAUACGGAAACAAAGCGAAAACUAUUACGAUUCUACUUUUAACACUUGGAAUGUUCUGUGUACUUAUAUUUAUUUUGCUACAAAUGUGGCCGUACAUUCAUGACAUUGUUCUCACAAACAAAUCUCUAUCAGUCUAUCAUUCGGUCUAUUUUGAGAUUGAACUUUUUAUAGACAAAGAAAAAUAUUUCUAUAUAUUUAUGCUGCUUUAUUACUCAGCAUCUUGCGUAGGGGCACUUGCAAUUAUAGGGACUGGAACUAUGCUCAUAACAUAUUUUCAACAUACUUGUGCAAUGUUUAGUAUCGCCUCUUAUCGUAUCGAGCAGGCAAUUAGUAUUUUACAAAAGAAUAACUUGAAAAAUGAGAGAAAGAGUUGUGAAGAGAUCAUUCGUGCAGUAAACAUUCAUUGCAAGGCUAUGGCGCUUUGCCAUUUUUUAAUGUCCAAUUUUGUGGGAUCGUACUUUUUAUUGAUAAUGGCCGGCAUGAUUAGUCUGAGUUCUAAUCUUCUUCGGAUUGUAUCGCUCAACAAUAACAUGGAGCAGCUUGUAAUAUCUAUAAUUCUAGUAAUUAUUCUUUACGUGUAUUUGUUUGUAUCCAAUCAUGUUGGGCAAGAAAUUAUGGAUCACAAUGACUAUGUGUUUGUCACUGUGUAUAAUGUCAAUUGGUACAUGGCGCCAUUACAUAUACAGAGAAUGAUACUUUUUCUAUUGCAAAGAGGGACUAAAAGUUUUAAUCUGAAUCUCGGUGGAAUAUUUGUACCGUCCAUGAAAAGUGCGGCCUCGCUGACGAGCACUUCCAUAUCGUACUUCACUGUUCUUUACUCUACCCGGCAAAAUUAA